AUGUCUUUAAAGGCUUGCCAUGGAUGUACAUCUUUAUCCAAAUGUGAUUGCAGUGGUGUGAAAGGUGAAAAGGGCGAAAGGGGAUUUCCAGGCUUGGAAGGACAACCAGGUUUGCCUGGAUUUCCAGGAGCAGAAGGACCACCAGGUCCAAGAGGCUCAAAGGGUGAUGAUGGUCUUCCAGGGCCUAUUGGACCCAAAGGAAUCAGGGGACCACCAGGGCUUCCCGGGUUUCCAGGAACACCAGGACUUCCUGGAUUGCCAGGACAAGAUGGGCCACCAGGACCCCAGGGUAUCCCAGGAUGCAAUGGAACAAAGGGAGAACGUGGAUUCCCAGGCAGUCCAGGUUUUCCUGGUUUACAAGGGCCUCCUGGACCCCCUGGUCUGCCAGGUAUGAAGGGUGAAGCAGGUGAAAUAAUUACAUCCUUGCUGCCAGGACAGAAAGGUGACCCAGGAUUUCCAGGUCUUCCAGGCAUACCUGGCCCACCAGGCUCCAUGGGAAUACCAGGUCCAAUUGGCCCUCCAGGGCCCCCAGGUUUGACGGGAUCUCCUGGUCCACCAGGGCUGCCAGGACCCAAGGGUAAUAUGGGUUUGAAUUUCCAAGGACCCAAGGGUGAAAAAGGUGAACAAGGUCUUCAGGGACCUCCAGGGCCACCAGGACAAAUUGGAGAACAGAAAAGACCAAAUGACAUUGAGUUUCAGAAAGGAGAUCAGGGUAUUCCAGGUGAUCCAGGCCCACCAGGACUUCCUGGGCCACCAGGUCCUCCUGGUCUUCCUGGUGGUGUAAAAGGUGAAAAAGGUGAGCAAGGAGAACCAGGCAAAAGAGGAAAGCCUGGCAAAGAUGGAGAACCUGGUCAGCCUGGUAGGGAUGGUUUACCUGGUGGGCCUGGCAUAAAUGGUGCUCCAGGAAGAGAUGGAGAAAAGGGUGAAAAAGGUGACAUGGGUCCCCCUGGUCCUCCUGGAAUUGUUAUUCCAAGGCCAGGCAUUGGUGCAACAGUGGGACCAAAAGGUAGCAAAGGAUUGCCAGGACUUCCAGGAGCCAAAGGAGAGCGUGGAUUCUCUGGUAGGCCAGGCCCACCUGGCUUCCCAGGAUCUCCAGGGAUCACUACUGUUGGACCUCCCGGCCCACCUGGCUUACCUGGUGAGAGAGGACAGAAGGGAGAUCCAGGUUUACCUGGUGUUUCUAUUCCUGGGCAACCAGGAGUUGAGGGACCACAAGGACCUCCAGGACCACCAGGUCCCCCAGGGCCACCUGCACCAUCUGUUGCUCCUGGUAAAGAGUUAUGUGAGCAAGGGCCACCAGGUCCUCCAGGAAUUCAAGGACAACAAGGUUUUACAGGGGAACGAGGCCAAAAAGGUGAUCGAGGAGACACAUGCUUCAACUGCAUAGGAACUGGAGUAACUGGUCCUCCUGGGGAGAGAGGACCACCAGGACCUCCGGGUAGUCCAGGUUCUCCUGGCUUUCCUGGACCAAAAGGUGAAAAGGGUCUUCCUGGAUUAACUGGCCUUGUAGGGCCACCAGGCUUUCCAGGCAUCCCAGGUGCUCCUGGUAGACCUGGUCCUAAAGGAGACCCAGGGGAUGUCUUGACUUCUCCAAGAAUGAAAGGUGACAAAGGAGACCCUGGCCUCCCAGGACCUCCAGGCCUCCCUGGCAUAGAUGGCACUCCUGGACGAGAUGGACUGCCAGGUUUGCCUGGCCCUAAGGGGGAACCUGGUAGUAUUGCAUUCAAAGGAGAAAUGGGUAUUCCAGGUAAACCAGGGAUACCAGGCCUUCCUGGAGAAAAAGGCCUUCCUGGACCUCCUGGUUUUGGUCCACAAGGCUCACCUGGUGAAAAGGGCAUCCAAGGUGUAUCCGGCCGUCCAGGGCCUCCUGGUGUUCCGGGUCCAAAAGGUGACCCUGGCCAGACUAUUACAGAACCAGGAGUUCCUGGUCCCCCUGGUCCUCCAGGAAGAAAUGGUGAUCCAGGUCUUCCAGGAGAUCCUGGUCAGCCAGGUCAGCGUGGUUUACCCGGCAUCCCAGGUGCAAAGGGAGAGCCAGGUAUUCCUGGUAUUGGACUUCCAGGUCCACCAGGCCCAAAGGGUUUCCCAGGGACUCCAGGCCCACCUGGAGCUCCAGGAACUCCAGGUCACCCUGGUCUGGAUGGACCUCCUGGACCACCUGGUCUCCCAGGACAGAAGGGAGAUCGUGGAUUUGGAGUUCCAGGACCACCUGGGCCCCCAGGACCCCCAGGCAUAAAAGGAGUUCAAGGACCUAAAGGUGAUCCUGGCUUCCCAGGAAACCCUGGUCUCCCUGGCCGAGCAGGCUUUGAUGGAACCCCUGGGCCCAAAGGUGACCCUGGACCAAGUGGACCACCAGGACUUCCAGGCCCACCAGGCAUCCCUGGCAUUGGUGGUCAAGGUCCUCCUGGAUCUCCAGGACCUCCAGGUCCUGUUGGCCCCCCAGGGUUGCAAGGCAUUCCAGGGGAGAAAGGGGAUCCAGGUCCUCCAGGCUUCGAUAUUCCUGGCCCUCCAGGUGACCAAGGAGCUCCGGGAUAUCCAGGACCCCCUGGAAUACCAGGGCCUAAGGGUUCACCUGGGCCACCUGGCAGGGAUGGAAUACCUGGAUUUCCAGGUGCCAAAGGUGAGAUGGGCGUCAUGGGAGCUCCUGGUCUUCCAGGGCCUCCAGGAACUCCUGGAAGAAAUGGCCUGCCUGGCUUGAAAGGUAAUAGUGGAUUACCUGGUCCACCAGGGCCUCCUGGACCAAUGGGGCAGAAAGGCGUCAAAGGUGAAGCAGGUCUGCCAGGUCCACCCGGAACAAUUGAUCCCAAACAGCUGGGAGCAAAAGGAGAAAAAGGCGAGCCAGGUGUUCCAGGUAUUCCUGGUUUAUCAGGCCAGAAAGGUUAUCAAGGUCUCCCAGGUGACCCAGGCCCACCAGGACUUCAGGGCCCACCAGGUGUGCCAGGAUUGCCAGGUACCAAGGGAGAUACGGGGCUUCCUGGGCAGCCAGGACCAACAGGACCUCCAGGAUUAAAAGGAGCUAUGGGAGAGAUGGGCCUUCCGGGUGCGCCUGGGCUUAAAGGCAGCCAAGGAGUAGCAGGACGUCCGGGGCAGCCUGGGCCUGUGGGAUUUCCUGGACUGAAAGGGGAGAAAGGUGAUCCUGGUCUUUCAAGCAUUGGUAUCCAUGGUCCCCCUGGACCAAAGGGAGAUCGUGGCUUGCCUGGAUACCCAGGUAGUCCAGGCUCUAAAGGUAUAGCUGGAAAUCCUGGUUUGCCUGGAUUUUCAGGCAGUCCAGGUGCAAAAGGAGAACCAGGCCUUCCUGGAUUCCCAGGAACACCAGGAAUUCCAGGACCAAAAGGUAUUGAGGGCCCUCCAGGCACUCCUGGCCUGCCUGGACCACCUGGACCAGUAGGUGAUAUUGGUCAUCCUGGUCCUCCUGGUCCUUCAGGAGAAAAGGGACAACCUGGUCGAGAUGGUAUCCCUGGACCAGCGGGUCAGAAGGGUGAACCAGGUCUACCAGGUUUUGGGCAUCCAGGACCCCCAGGACUCCCAGGAUUGUCAGGGCAAAAAGGAGAACUGGGGUUACCUGGCCCACCAGGACCCCCUGGACUUCCAGGUCUGAAGGGAGAACCAGGUUUCCAGGGAUUCCCUGGUCUGCAGGGUCCACCAGGUCCACCAGGAAUACCAGGGCCACCUCUGGAAGGUCCUAAGGGUAGCCCUGGCCCACCAGGUGUUCCAGGAAGGCCAGGUCCACCAGGCCCAGAAGGUCCACGAGGGCCACCAGGCAGUGGAGGACUUAAAGGAGAAAAAGGGAACCCAGGUCCACCUGGUCCAGCUGGCCUGAUUGGUCCAAAGGGAGAUCAAGGACCACCUGGACGCCAGGGGGAUCCUGGUCGUCCAGGUCUGAAUGGAAUGAAGGGUGACCCCGGGGUUCCAGGCGUUCCAGGAUUCCCAGGUAUGAAGGGUCCCACUGGACCUGCAGGACCUGCUGGCCUCACAGGCAGCCAGGGACUGCCGGGCCCACCAGGUCCACCAGGUUUACCAGGUACCAUUGGACGAAGCAUUGUUGUCAAAGGUGAUCCUGGUUCCCCAGGUCCUCCAGGACAGCCUGGGUCCAAAGGGCCACCUGGAUUGCCAGGGCCACAGGGAUUGCCAGGUCCAAUUGGUCUUCCUGGUGACCCAGGGAGAGAUGGGCUUCCUGGUUUUGAUGGUCCAGCAGGACGAAAAGGAGAGAGAGGUCUUCCAGGCCAACCAGGUUCACGAGGAAUACAAGGACCUCCUGGUCCUGAUGGCUUACAAGGCCCACCUGGUCCUCCUGGCACACCUUCUCUUGCUCAUGGAUUCCUUAUAACUCGGCACAGCCAGACCAGCGAUACACCACUAUGCCCACAGGGGACAUCAAGAAUUUAUGAUGGAUUCUCUCUUCUAUAUGUGCAAGGAAAUGAGAGAGCACACGGCCAGGAUUUGGGUACUGCUGGGAGCUGUCUUAGACGUUUCAGCACCAUGCCCUUCAUGUUCUGCAACAUCAACAAUGUUUGUAACUUUGCAUCAAGGAAUGACUAUUCCUACUGGCUGUCAACCCCGGAGUCGAUGCCAAUGAGCAUGGAGCCACUGACUGGGCAAAGCAUCCAGCCAUUCAUUAGCCGAUGUGUUGUGUGUGAAGCUCCUGCUAUGGUGAUAGCUGUCCACAGUCAGACCAUUCAGAUCCCUUCAUGUCCUCCAGGCUGGGACUCCCUCUGGAUUGGCUACUCUUUCAUGAUGCACACGAGUGCUGGAGCAGAGGGCUCUGGACAGGCCUUGGCAUCGCCUGGAUCCUGUUUGGAAGAAUUCCGCUCAGCACCGUUCAUCGAAUGCCAUGGUCGGGGCACCUGUAAUUAUUAUGCCAAUUCAUACAGUUUCUGGCUGGCAACUGUUGAGGUCUCAGAAAUGUUCAGCAAACCUCAGUCAGAGACACUGAAAGCUGGAGACUUGAGGACACGUAUUAGUCGUUGUCAAGUUUGCAUGAAGAAGACGUAACAUCUUGGACAAUGUUUAUAAAACAAUUGAAAUUUCCUAAGAUGCACUGUCUUCCAGCUGCAACAAUGGUGCUACUGUGCAGAAAGAAAAGAAAAAACUAAUCCAAACUGUUUUAACCAUGCAAAUUCAAGUGUACCUCACUCAUGUGCCAAAAACUAAGGGUUGUUCAGUACAUAUUUGACAACAGGACUAAGAUGAAAGAAUUGACCUCUUGGAAACAGAAAAGAACACACAAGGUUCACAAAGGACCAGAAGAUGAAAUUUUUCAUUUCUCUCCCUGUACCAAAAUGGCACCUUUUUGAUCAACCAAGAGAAUAGAGAACACGACGCACUGAGUAUGUUUAAAAUUACAAGACUGCAGUUUUGAAAAACAUUUUUUCAUGGUGCUACUAACCCUACUGUAUUUUUAAUAUGAAAUUUUAAGCUUAUUUCUCUUUGUAAGUAAUGAAAUGUGUAUAUUGUGUAAACACCUUUUUAAUCUAAACUUUCAGUCAUCUAGAAACAAACCAGACUGAUAUAAAAAUCCCUAUGUCUAAAAUAAAAGGAUAAGACAGUAUUUUAUUAUGAAACUUGUGAUACAGAGACAGUUUACCCCUCUUAUGCCAACUUUUUAAUUUAGUUUUUCAUUUCCUUCCUCAGCUGCCAACCUGAUAUAUUUGCGGAAUGCACAAUUAUUCUGAAGUAAUUUUCAUCAGGGUUUUAAAUGUUGUACACCAUAGUACCAAUGGUUUUAUUUGUGCUUAGAAAUCCCAAUCCACCUGAAAAGGGAUUUUUUAUUUUAUGAAAAUAUAUGAAAUUAUUAGUCAUAUUCUAUAAGAAUACAAGUCACAUUCACAUUUUAGUAAUUAGUUUGGUUUAACCAAACCUGUCCUUCGGGACUAUCCAGUUAUCAAAUCAUUUAGAAUGAUGCUUACAUGAAACUUCAACUUUGAAGUGGUGUCAUAUGUUUUAUCCAAAAUAGUAUACAUAACUUCUGAAUAAAAUAAAGCAUAAACUGGUGGAAACCUUCAUAUUUACAAAUUAGUCUUUUAAUCUUACGUGGAUUUAUGUACAUCCACAAUGUAUUCACAGUACAUAGCAACUCUUGAGCAGGUAUAGUUCACGCAAGUCCUUGAAAGAUGGUGCAUUCAGUCUUCCUGAUGUCAGUUUGUAAGAAUCCUUCUAUGUACAUCUAAAGUGUGUCACUACUUGGGCAAUAGCUGAAAAGUGAUCACUUUUGUAUGCAUGACUGUUCAGCUUCUAUGGUCAGAGCAUUUCAUUUACCCUUGUGUGUAAACAGCUCCCUGACAAUGCAGGACUCUGUCAAGUGACAAUACUUUAAUAGUUUUGUUGUAUGAUGCCACCUCAACUAUCAAUAUAAUUUACUUGUGAAUUAAUGUACUGCUCUAUACAGGUGAUGUGUAUUUGUUUAUUGAAUACUGUUAAGUAAUUUAUCUGCUAAUGGCUGUUCAUUCUUACCUUCCAGUUAUCCCUGUAAACAUGGAGUAUCUGACAUCUUAUUGUUUUACACAUUUGACAAAAGACAGGACUGGUGACUAAGCAGGUGCCAGUGAUAUACAGUGAGAUUGGUGCUGAUUUCUAAAGCUUUCAACUAAGUAUGAAACUGUAGUUCUUUAGUUUAAAGUGCAAAAUAAUAAUAGCUUUGUCUUUUUUCCAUUAGCUGCAGUUAUAUAUGUUGGUAGAGAGUGGGAAUUCAGCAGUGUGCAGCUCAGUUUAGUUUGGUUUGCUGAUGCAUGUAAUAAUAAACUGAACCUGCUGCUACCUCCAAGUCAGGAACUUGUUACCAAAGCUGAAAUAAAAUAUUAAGUCUCUUCAUGUAAACACAAGUCCUUAUCUUGCUGCUGGCUCCACAGAAGUCUAAAAUUAACACAGCAACCAGUCCCUAGCCCUAAAACAGUAGAAGAAUGGAUGCUAAGGCCAAGGAGCUCUCAAAUGAAAGGGCUCUCCCAGCCUUCUCGACCAACACCCCAUCUUGUGUUUGCCAACACUAAGUGUUCAGAUGUGGGGACAUGGGAUAGAGUGGACCAUGUUUAAUAAAGCAGUGCAUAACUGGUGCUUCUUUGUAAGAUCUGGGCUUCUCUUGCAGCAUGUAAAACCAAGACAGGAGAUCCUAUUCCAGACAGAGAACACCCAGACCUCCUGGUCUUGUAGCAGCUUCAGGGCCCAAAGUUGUGAGAUGACCACAGAAAAGUAAAGUAUGUAAAGCAGCUGUGCUUCUGCUUGAUCCAAUCUCUUUUGUGUCCCUGCAGCUCUGGCACUGACCUGGACAAGAGUCCCAAACCUUAAUCAGCUACAGGCACAGAAUUCCAAAGGGGUGAUAUUUUACUAAGAGAAAAUUAGUCUAGACAUGAAGGAACAUCUUUUAAUUUGAGAUCUGCAGCAGAGAUUCAAGAGGUGUUGGGUAAAUUUCCACCACACCUUCUGUGCCUUACAGCACUUUACCUGUGCUGGAUCAGACAUACUGAUCUAUAAAAGAAAACACAGUUAUUAUUCUCUCCUGCUUCUUGAUGCUUGAGACUGUAAGCUCCUUGGGGCAGAGACAUUGAGGGGGCUCAAAUGUUGGUUGGGGCCUCUAGGUGCUAUCCAUCACUAUAUAAACAUUAAACUACAGGUAAACGUUUGUGUUUGCAGCUUUAUUAUUAAAAAAGGAAAACACUGCUUUGACCUUUGGAGCCUUAAAGUCAUUUUCAACAACACCUAGCCACAGUGCAGCUCUGGACAACACUUCAGCUCUGGUUAAGGCUCUUUUCCUGAUGUCUGGUAUGUUUUUGCAAAAGCUUUUAUUCUCAUAACUAAUCACAUAGAUUUGGGCUAUUUUAGUUAAUCUCAGCAGGCACCCGACAGGUCUGAGCUGUUGGGGACAUGCCGCAGCCAUCCAAGGGCACCGUGUGGCUUUGGCUGGAGCUGUGACAGCAGCACUGCCAGGUCGGGCCCUGCCUGGGGGAGAGAGGGCUGUAGGAAAGCUCAGCAGGAGCAGCAUCCUCACCCUUCCUUGCCCAUUACCUAGGCCCAGUUCUUGGAAGCUGCUGCAGGUGGGGCACUGUAAAUUGCAACAAGAAUGAUGAGUGAAAAAGUGCAAUUUUUCUAAAGGACAACUAGUUUUAAUCCUAAAACCAGGAUUUAGUAAUCUUGUGCCUAGGCUGGAUUUACACUGUUCUAGUGUUAAAAAACCAAAAAGGUUCUGCUUAAGGCAGACUUUUUUGUCCUUCUAGAAAUCCUAUUACAAAGAGGAAAAAACUUCUUUAAACAUCAUACUCAUAAAAUUUCUUCCAGAACUAGUACUUUUUUGACCACGAGACUUCCAUAUCCAGUCAUGGACAAAGUCUGUAGCAAUUUUUUUUCCAUGUCUUCUACAUUUAAAGCAGAAAAAGCUCUGGAUGCUGAUUUUUUUUUUUUUUUUCUUAAAUUCCAAAGCUUAAUUGUCUACAGGCACUGUGAAUCCAUGGCAAAGAAAACUUCUAGGCCUUUUUCUGUAUGUUACCUUCUAGACUAAGUCAAAGAAAACUGGAGAGAUGGGGAAUUGCUAGCAUGAAACAAUGCUAAAAACUUCUCCAAAUCUUUAGGGACACACAGGGUGACAAAACCACUUUCAGGAUAAGCAGCAGGAGGUCUGACAGAAAAACCCAGAAGUUUGUUUAAAAAUAAAACCCAGACACAGAGCUACAUGAACACGUAUUUACUGCAAGUAGCUCUAUGGAAAGCCAAGUCAGAUAAAUAUAAACACUAUACAGAGCUUCAAGCCAGUCUCCCAAAACCGCAAACGCGAUGUGUUUUACAAAGAAAACAACAGAACAAUAUUUACAAUGGAAGACAAAGCUAGAUCAAUCAGCCCAACUUGAAAACAGAUCUGUGGAGCAGAAAUAGCAAAUAUAAUAAACAGUUUCAACCAUAUAUGUUUUAGUUUGUACAGACAGUAACUGUCCAAUAUCAAAUUAAAUUUACAGGACAAACAUUGUUCUAUCAUUGGUAUUUUUGUACUAUACAGCAGCAUAAACGGGUAGCUGGAAGAUAGUAUAUAUAGUGAUAUGUUUUACAUCAUCUGAAAAUGUUCUUCCAGCACAAUACUGAAUAAAUUAGGUGCUGUAAACUAUGAGAUUCAAAAAGAUUGCAUAUUUAUUAUGCCGUACCUAUUAGUACUUGUACAACUAUACUUGAGGUUACCCAUUUACUUAUUUAUUCAGCAUGUAUUACAUCAGUGCUGUAUAUUGUACAAUGGCAGCCUCAGGGAAUCUAGUAUGAAAUAAGUAUGUAACAAAUUUCUUCAAAACAACCUUUUCCUUUCACAUUAAAUGUUUAGAACUAUCUUCAUCCAAGUUUUGAUAUCUUAGAAAAGAUGUAAAGCUUUAUAAAAACCUGUCUAUGUAUUGCAUUAUUCAUUUAUGAGACCAACCAACAGCUAUAUGGCAAGACAGUAUCAUGGUCUAUAAGAGUGGUCGUGUUUUUAAUUCAUAUAUGUUUAGCAGCAAGUAAUUGUACCAAUUGAAACAUCUCUUCCAGAAUCAAAAACAGGUCUGUGCUUUUAAACCCUGCAGCAACAGUUUUUCCUGUCAUUAGACACUGUGUAAACUGAUUGGUACCAUGUUUCCUAAAAAAAACAAAAACAAAACAAUCACCUCCUAUUUUAGUGACACGUACAUUUUAUUACUACGCAGAAGUAGAUCUGGGUACACAUCACUGAACAAUUCAAGCUGACAGUGUCUAAUUUGUUACACAAACUAUACCAGCAAUUUAAAGGUUGUUGGAGGUGAGGCAGCCUGGCACAUCCAUUGUACAAUAUACUUGUGGAGGAUUCCCAGCUGUGUGGUGCAGUACAGCAUGAGGAUUUGUGUACCACUUUGAAACCCUUUCAGUGCCUUUUAUAUAAUCCAUUGCAUGUACCAAUGACUAGUGUCAUGCUCUUUUAAAUUCAUAGCAGUCUUAAAAAGCUAAACUCAUUUCAACCAAAAUAAAAUUCAGUACAAGAGUAAAGCACUUAAAUUGUAGAAAAAUCGGGGCUUAUUUUAAAAAUGUCAAAUAGUCAUUGUUCAUGUUUCUGUCAGUGGGAUAAAGACAAUUGAUAAGCCAGCAUUUUACUUUUUUCCCCAUUAUGCCAGAAAGGAAGAACAAAAAUAAUCCCAAAUUAAAAGUGGGACUUUUGUCGAACACAUGAUCAACUAGGGUGGUUUCCCUUUAAAAAGCUACAGCUGACAAGUCUAAUGCAGAAGUCACAAACAUUGGAUACAACUCUGCAGUUCUCCAUUUGAAUCCAUGAACAAAAACAAUUUUACACAAUUCAUAUUUAUAAACAAGAACAAAAACAAACUACAAGACAAGCAGCCCAUUAACCCUACUCUGUACAUUCCAAAAUUCUGAGCAAAAAAAUUUCCAUUUAAGCUCUGACAGACACUUGCUUUAAAAGCCUCUAGCCUAUGCUCAAGAAAUACCUCUUGUACCAUAAAAGUAAAGCCUUAAAAAAAAAAAAAAAA